AUGUCCUCCAUCAUCGCCCGCUCGGCCUUCCGCGCCGCCCCGCGUCUACAGCCCUCUCCCGCCCUUCGCCGAUGGGCCAGCGCUGCUGCCGAGGGCGACAGGGAAUCUGGCAAGCAGGCCCUCAAGGCUGGAGCGAAGCGCGACCCCGAGCUCUACGUACUUUUGGCUAUCAUGAGCGGCGUUUUUGGUCUGGCGGGAUGGCACUUCUCGCGCUCUCCCACCAGCGCUUCCUCUGAGCUCUCCGUUGCCAAGGCGUCGGAUAGUGAGCCCUGGAAGCAGGGUGCAUCUGGCUCAAGCCCAUACCAGUAUCACCCUGGCGGUGAUACAAACAUCAAGAAGGAUGCUCCGUCAGCGCUUAACGUAGUCGUCAUCCCCAACGUCACUCUUCCCAAGGAACUCCACGAUACUUACAACAAGUGGGGCAAGGAUGGAUACUGA